AUGGAGCAAAGUGAAGAUCUGACAUCAGGCAAUAUUAAAGUUGUCUGCAGAUUUCGCCCUUUGAACGAGAAAGAAAAGCAGCUAUCUGAGGGUAUCUGUGUUGAUUUUUUACCAGAUCAUAAGACUACAAUGAUGAAAUCCCAUCCUGAAGGUCAAGAGCCACCUAGAUUUACUCUAGACUAUGUUUUUACUCCGCAAGCUCGUCAAUCCGAAGUAUAUGAAAUUGCUGCCAAACAGAUUAUUGCAGCUGUUAUGCAAGGAUUUAAUGGCACAGUCUUCGCUUAUGGACAAACUUCUUCAGGAAAAACUUUUACAAUGUCAGGACCAAGUAUGGAAGAUCCUGAAUUAAUGGGAAUUAUCCCAAGGAUGGUAGGCGAUGUGUUUUCCAAAAUAGAUUCAGCAGCUGAACAUCUAGAAUUUACUGUAAAAGUUGGUUAUUGCGAAAUCUAUAUGGAAAAAAUAAAAGAUUUGUUAGAUCCCACCAAAAAUAAUUUAAAAAUUCAUGAAGAUAGGACAAGAGGAGUGUUUAUUGAAGGGCUCACUGAAAAGUAUGCAGCGACUGAAGAAGAUGUGUAUGAUAUGAUGGCGAUAGGAAUAGAAAACAGAGAAGUAGGAUAUACAAAUAUGAACGCGGGGUCGUCGAGGUCUCAUUCAAUUUUUAUUGUUACGAUUACUCAAACUAAUUCAAUUGAUUAUUCUACUAACUCCCUUCAUUUAAACUUGAACAAAGCAUAGGUAAAUUUUCCAUUUUUGAGUGCUUUAACUCCCUUAAAUUGGAACAAAUUAUUUUUCAAUUUGAAUAUUUCUAAUUUUUCAGAAUUUUCAGAAAAAAGUUCAAGUAGAAUAUUAUUUACACUGAAUUGAUUAACUUUUUAUAAUUAAUUCUUAAAAUUUAAAAAUGUUAUGUUCAAUUAUUUUUUUUAAUUUUUAACAUUUUGAAAAAAAUCAUAGAGAAACUUAAUAUUAAAAAAACAAUGCAACCCCCCUUUAAAUUAGAGCAGGAUUUUUGUUCUAAUUUAAAGGGUGGGGAUUAAGGUAGGGAAGCUAUACUUGGUAGAUUUGGCUGGGUCUGAAAAAGUUGGAAAAACUGGAGCUGAAGGAAAAAGGCUUGAGGAGGCAAAAAAUAUAAAUAAGUCCUUGACUGUACUAGGGCAAGUAAUUAAUUCGCUUACUGAUGGUAAAUCAACUCACAUACCAUAUAGAGAUUCAAAGUUGACUAGAGUUUUGCAGGACUCAUUAGGAGGAAAUUCAAAAACUUCACUUAUCAUUACUUGCUCUCCUUCUCCUUAUAACGAAGCAGAAACACUAAAUCUAUCUAUUAUUAAGAGCAAUAUUUCCUCAUAAAUUUUCGAUGGACAUAGUUGUUUUAUUAAAUUUCUGAUUUUUAAAGGGUCUUCUAUCUUAAAAUAUUUAAAGAAUUAUUUAUAAUUUUCUAGAUACAAUGAAUCAACACCAGAAAUUCUAUAUACAAAUUUUCGAGUUAAUGGUGAAGUAAGCACUUUAAGAUUCGGAAUGAGAGCUAAAUCAAUCAAAAACAAGCCAAAAGUUAAUAGAGAGUACACAGUUGCUGAACUUAAGCUGAUGCUUGCAAAAGCUAAUGACGAAAUAAGGCUUAAAGAAAGCAGAAUAAGGCAAUUAGAAACUACUAUUGGCCAAUCAGGUUUAGCCGUUCCGAAGGAUCUUGAGGAAAUGAAAGAUAGUAGCUUUAUUGAAGAAGACUCAAAAGCUACAGAAUAUGACGAAGUGAUACAAGAACUAGAGGAAGUAAGAUCCCAAUUAAAUAGAGAAGUUGAGCUUAGAACCCAAACGGCACAAGAGCUUGUAAAGAAAAGCCUAGAAUUUGAAGAGCUUAAAAUUUCUUAUGAAACUCUCAUCAACGAAAACUCUGUUUUACUCCCCCCCUCUGUUGGCGAAAAAUUUUGUCUGCUUCUGGAGAGGGAUUAAAUUUUUUUUUAUUACAAAAUUUUAAUAAAUUUUAUAGUAAAUUUAUUUUUUCAAAAUUAAAAAAAUCUCAAUCCGAAAUAAUUUUAAAGCAAAUAAUAAUUUAAUUUGCAAAAUUUAUGCUUUAAAAUGCACACUGUUUAAAAUUUAACUUAAUUAGCUAGAGAUUUCAUUACACUAAUCGCCUAAAUUUUUUUUCAUUAAAAAUUUCAUGCUUAAAAAGUUUUUAUUCGCUCUCGAGGGUGGACUUUUGCUUGAAAAGAGGGAUGUUUUUCGUAGUUUUGUUUGCUUAUUGAGGGGGGGUUAGAAGAAAAAUAUGCCAAGAAAAAAGCGGAGUUUAAUGAAACUCAAGAAAAAGCGAACAAACUCGAGCUAUCUCAAAUUAUGAUUAAAAAUGAAUUUAAUGAUCUAAAUAAAAGAGUACUUGAUUUAGAGCAGUUAUUGAACUCCAGAGAUGUAGAAAUUGACCACUUAAAAGCGCAGCAAACCCCAAACACCCUGAAUGAGCCCGGAGAAGACUAUAGUGAACUUUUAGAUGAAUUUAAAAACCAGCUUCAAAUUGAGCAAAAAAAGAAUAAAGAUCUUAACGAUCAUAUUGAGCUGCUCCACAAACAAAUCGAAGAGCAGCAGCAAAAAUUAACAACCCAAAAGCCAGGUCUUCCUUUCACAGCAAGCAGAGCUCCAGAUAGCUGGGAAGAAGAGAAAAAACUUCUUUUGAGAGACCUUCAAAACCGUGUCGAAAAAGUUGUAAAUCUACAGAUUGCUUUAGAUGACUUCAGAGAUCGCUACCAUAGUCUUGAAAAUAGCCUUCCCAGAGGAGCAAAAGAGUUCAAAAAUAAAGCUGAUGCACUUGAGAGAACCGUUGACCAGUUGACCAAUGCAAAUCAUGAUCUAAUCCAUCAAAAGUCUGAUUUGAAAGUGGAAAUCCAGAUGCAGGAGAAGAAGAAUGCAUCAAUAAUGGAAAGAAAUAAUAAAUUGGAAGCAGAAUUAAAACGGUACAAAGCUCUGCUUGCAGAAGCUGAGUCUACUAUGAAAAACUGGUAUGCGGAAAUGGAAGGGAGAAGAUCUUUAAGGCCUUCUUUAGGAGGUGGAUACAGCAAUAUUAUAAAGACUAUUAGAGGUGGUGGAGGAGCGGCCAGAAUGAGCACAAUGCCUGGAAAACUGCAAAAUCCUUUUGAAAAAAAUUUAUAA